AUGCCCCAUGACAAUGUGAACGCCUGCAAGGAGGUGUUUGGGAAGCUCAAGGACAACCAUAUGAUGUCCCCCACGCUGAUCCAGAUCGACCGUGCCAACCCCUGGUCUGUGUGCAGCGCAGCCAUCAUUACAGACUUCCUGGACAGAGGCCACGGUCAGUCAGCCACUCAGCUCGGUCUCUGUCAAUGGCUGCUGUCAUUGGCAGCUGUCACAAUGUGCAUGCAUUUGCGUGUGCGUGUGAAUUCUGCCUGUGUAAAUUAUAGCUGAAAAGGAUCAGACUUGGUUCUCACCCUUGCAGCAAAUCUAAACAGUUCGAACUAUUGGAGUUCUUGAACGGGGCCAUGCAAUUAGCAGUAAUAGCACUGGAGUUCAUGGGCCUCUCAUGCCACAUACUGUCCCUGCUCAACGUCUGCAUUAGCUGAGUGAGACGAAUAUAGAGCUCCAACGCUUGUUUAAAGUUUAAAAAAAGACUUGUUUUUUGCACAGGUAUUUGCACUUAUUUGGCCUGGAAAAUAUGAUUAUGUAAUGGUUUACUAAUCUUGAAAAAAUGGAUUAAGAGGAGUGAAGACUGCUUUGUUCAACUGCAAAGGAAUGUUGAAUAAUAGUGCAGAGAUAUUGCUUCAUACGACAACACCUGUCACUCUUGAGCAGAUAUAAACCAUAAAAAUGUCUUCAGCUUGGCUGGCUUUGCACAGCUGAUAUCUUGACUCUGUGGUUGUUUUUCGUCAAAAGGGGACUGUCUUCUGGAUCAGCCUCAAAAGCUGCUGGCUCUGCCUGAGAGCCUCCCAGGCACCAACUACAGCCUCCACCGCCAGUGUGAGCUGGCCUUCGGUACGGGCUCCAAGCCCUGUCCCUACAUGCAGCACUGCUCCAAGCUGUGGUGCACGGGCAAGGCCAGAGGCCAGCUGGUCUGCCAGACACGUCAUUUCCCCUGGGCCGAUGGCACCAGCUGUGGCAACAGUAAGCUCUGCUUCCGAGGGGUGUGCACCGACAAGAACAACACCACUAAGACCAAGGUGAGCACACCCACUGUCAGUGUUCUGAUCUGCUUAGUUAGAACUGUUGAUAUAGAUGUUGAUAGAGACUGAUCUCACAAUGAAUACAAUGAUUUCACAAUCUAAUAACAAUAAAACAUCUAUAUCUUAAUAAUAAUAUGUACUGGAAAUUAUAUUUCUAAAUGUGUACUAGAAUGUAACUAUAGGUUCUACAUGUAAUUUAGAGUACAGGUUCUAAAUGUGUGUGGUUCUCCUAAAGGUGGACGGUGGAUGGGGGGGGUGGGGUGUGUAUGGGUCGUGUUCCAGAACCUGUGGAGGAGGAAUUCAGCUUGCCAAAAGAGACUGUAACAACCCUGUUCCAGAAUAUGGGGGGAAAUACUGCCAAGGACUCCGUGUGAAGUAUCGCUCCUGCAAUUUGGACGCCUGCCCAGAAUCAGGUAAAACUCAUUGUGAAGUUUUACAUAAUCCUUAAUUACAUUAUUUUGAAAACUGGAAGCAUUUUGCUUCUUUACCACAAUAAAUAAGAUUUGCUGACAUGCUAAUAUGUAAAAAUAUGCUAAAUGAAACCUGAGUGUGAAACAAAGGUCCCACUUUAAAGUGUUAAAGAAAGCCACAAGUCCUUGAUAAAGCUUAUAUAGAAGCUUCAGAAAUAAUUAAUAAGCAAAUGUCAUCUUAUAUGAAUAGUGGCAAAAGGUAAUGUCACAUUUGGCAAAGCACCAGAUGUAAUCAACACAUUUCACUGCACCUAUCCGACAAUAAAACAUCCUAUUCUUUUACUUUUAUGUCAAGCAGGUAUGUAGUGCUCAUGAAUACUUUAUGAAUGUCCUAUAAAGCCUUUAGAAGUUGCUUCAUUAAAGGAUUACCCACAUUUUUUUUUAUAGAUGUGUACUCGUAUGGAUCCACGUUACUAAUAAGCAUACAAUCCAUAGGCAAAAGCUUCCGUGAGGAGCAGUGUGAGGUGUUCAACGGAUUCAGCCUCAACACCAACAGGCUCUCAGCGUCUGUGGUGUGGGUCCCCAAAUACUCUGGAGUGUCACCCAAGGACAAGUGCAAGCUCAUCUGCAGGGCCAACGGAACAGGCUACUUCUAUGUCCUUUCUCCAAAGGUGAGUACCUGCAGACUGCAGUGGCAACCUGUUGAAUAAUGUUGAGAAAGGCUGUUAAGAAUACACUUCUCUUGACCUGUAAUAACAGAUUGCACCAACAAACAACAAACGGUAACACUUUACUUGACACCCAGUGUCAUAACAUGUUAUGACACGGUCAUAACCAUGUCAUAAAAUGUCAUAACAGCUGACAUAACUUGUCAUUACCUGUCAUAAUAUGGCCAUAACACUGUCAUGACAGUGGCCAUUUACACCUGUUGUGACAUAUAUUUCGUUAUUUCAUGGCUGGUUAUGACACCUACAUAAGAGUGUCAAAACCCACAUUUAUUCAAAUGUGUUUGUUUCCCUGCCAAGAAGUUUCCUUUCGUUGAAAGUUUGUUUGUUAAAUCCUUUGUUGUAAUGAAUUCUUUACAGUCAUGUUUUUUCAUCAUAUUUUAUAGAACUUGUAGAAAAUACACUUUAUGACACUGUCAUGAAGCAUUAUGACCAUCCUGUGUCACUUUACUUGGACUAAGAAAAUACACUUUAUGACACUGUCAAGAAGUAUUAUGACCAUCCUGUGUCACUUUACUUGGACUAAGAAAAUACACUUUAUGACACUGUCAUGAAGCAUUAUGACCAUCCUGUGUCACUUUACUUGGACUAAGAAAAUACACUUUAUGACACUGUCAAGAAGUAUUAUGACCAUCAUAAUCAUAUAAGCCAGAUAGGCAUAUCACGUACAUGCCCUUACAUCAGUCAUCAGUCACAAAGAGGGUGUCUUGUCCUGCUCCUGAAAUCUGCUCCUGCAUUCAUCACAGUCAUCAGCAACAGAGCAUUGGGGUCGGUGCAUGUCUGACAUCAAUGUGUGCGCAAUUACAAUGAUAUUGUAACAUGGUCAAUUUUUUAAAUAUAUUAUAUAAACAUAAACAUACUGUUGACACAUAGGCUAUGGUGUAAUGUAAUGGUAGGUUUUGUGGGUUUUGACACUCUUAUGUAGGUGUCAUAACUAGCCAUAAAAUAACACUGUAUAUGUCACAACAGGUCUAAAUAUACAGUAUCUCACAAAAGUGAGUACACCCCUCACAUUUUUGUAAAUAUUUGAGUAUAUCUUUUCAUGUGACAACACUGAAGAAAUGACACUUUGCUACAAUGUAAAGUACUGAGUGUACAGCUUGUAUAACAGUGUAAAUUUGCUGUCCCCUCAAAAUAACUCAACACACAGCCAUUCAUGUCUAAACCUCUGGCAACAAAAGUGAGUACACCCCUAAGUGAAAAUGUCCAAAUUGGGCCCAAUUAGCCAUUUUCCCUCCCCGGAGUCAUGUGACUCGUUAGUGUUACAAGGUCUCAGGUGUGAAUGGGGAGCAGGUGUGUUAAAUGUGGUGUCAUCGCUCUCACACUCCCUCAUACUGGUCACUGGAAGUUCAACAUUGCACCUCAUGGCAAAGAACUCUCUAAGGAUCUGAAAAAAAGAAUUGUUGCUCUACAUAAAGAUGGCCUGGGCUAUAAGAAGAUUGCCAAGACCCUGAAACUGAGCUGCAGCACAGUGGCCAAGACCAUACAGCGGUUUAACAGGACAGGUUCCACUCAGAACAGGCCUCACCAUGGUUGACCAAAGAAGUUGAGCGCACGUGCUCAGCGUCAUAUCCAGAGGUUGUCUUUGGGAAAUAAACGUAUGAGUGCUGCCAGCAUUGCUGCCGAGGUUGAAGGGGUUGGGGGUCAGCCUGUCAGUGCUCAGACCAUACGCCGCACACUGUAUCAAAUUGGUCUGCAUGGCUGUCGUCCCAGAAGGAAGCCUCUUCUAAAGAUGAUGCACAAGAAGUCCCGCAAACAGUUUGCUGAAGACAAGCAGACUAAGGACAUGGAUUACUGGAACCAUGUCCUGUGGUCUGAUGAGACCAAGAUAAACUUAUUUGGUUCAGAUGGUGUCAAGCGUGUGUGGCGGCAACCAGGUGAGGAGUACAAAGACAAGUGUGUCUUGCCUACAGUCAAGCAUGGUGGUGGGAGUGUCAUGGUCUGGGGCUGCAUGAGUGCUGCCGGCACUGGGGAGCUACAGUUCAUUGAGGGAACCAUGAAUGCCAACAUGUACUGUGACAUACUGAAGCAGAGCAUGAUUCCCUCCCUUCGGAGACUGGGCCGCAGGGCAGUAUUCCAACAUGAUAACGACCCCAAACACACCUCCAAGACGACCACUGCCUUGCUAAAGAAGCUGAGGGUAAAGGUGAUGGACUGGCCAAGCAUGUCUCCAGACCUAAACCCUAUUGAGCAUCUGUGGCGCAUCUUCAAAUGGAAGGUGGAGGAGUGCAAGGUCUCUAACAUCCACCAGCUCCGUGAUGUCGUCAUGGAGGAGUGGAAGAGGACUCCAGUGGCAACCUGUGAAGCUCUGGUGAACUCCAUGCCCAAGAGGGUUAAGGCAGUGCUGGAAAAGGAUGGUGGCCACACAAAAUAUUGACACUUUGGGCCCAAUUUGGACAUUUUCACUUAGGGGUGUACUUACUUUUGUUGCCAGCGGUUUAGACAUUAAUGGCUGUGUGUUGUGUUAUUUUGAGGGGACAGCACAUGUACAAUGUUAUACAAGCUGUACACUCAGUACUUUACAUUGUAGCAAAGUGUCAUUUCUUCAGUGUUGUCACAUGAAAAUAUAUACUCAAAUAUUUACAAAAAUGUGAGGGGUGUACUCACUUUUGUGAGAUACUGUAUGUGUCAUGACAGUGUUAUGACCAUAUUAUAACAGGUUAUGACAAGUUAUAUCAGCUGUUACGACAUAUUAUGACAUUGUUAUGACUGUGUCAUAACGUGUUAUGACGCUGGGUGGGUGUCAAGUAAAGUGUUACCCAACAAACACUGUCUGUCUCACAUUUGGUGAUCUAAUGACAGGUGGCACUGUCAAUGAAGAGUUAAGCGCAAUGUUGUAGGCUACAACCAUCGUAACCAAACUAAGGCAUAAGUCAUGUUUUCUCUGAAGAGUGUGAAGAGGAAUGCCAGUCAGAAGCUUGAUUACAGUAUCUAUCUCUGAUAUAGGGAGGUAUAGAGUGAGAGAGAACAGAGGUACCAGUCACGGCAGAGAGAGAGAGAGAGAGAGAGAGAGAGAGAGAGAGAGAGAGAGAGAGAGAGAGAGAGAGAGAGAGAGAGAGAGAGAGAGAGAGAGAGAGAGAGAGAGAGAGAGGGCAGGCAGGCAGAGACUGUGUCGUUUACAGCUGUUGUAUGUCGGCAAGUAUUUACACAACCAACCAACCAACCAACCAAGCACUGAAACAAGCUUUUAUAUCAAUACAUACCAGACCUCUCUUUCCCUUUGAGCACUCUGAUAUUUAGUCUUGCUUGUUUGCUGUGCUGUCCUUAGAUGGUCCAGAUAGUUGCUGGAUUGAAAAGUUUGGAUCCAUUUGUGGUCUUUUAGAAUGGAAUCUCUCUCUGUUUCCUCUCUCUCUCUACACUCUAUCUCUCUCUCUCACACAUGCACACAUGCACGCACACACACCAAGGCUCGACAUUAACGCUUUUCCGGGACAAGUAAAAAAAAUAGUUGGUCAACAGUAAUGUAGAUUUGAGUAAGUUAAAAAAUAUCACACAAAAAUCACAAUAUCUAACAAUUACUCCAAUCAGAAUUGGAUCAGAAUUAUCUUCUGGAUGCAAAGUAUUGCUGUUCUCCCAAUUUCUGCAGAGCGCAUCGAGUAGGAUUGUAUUGCAUUGACAGGAGCGGUCUUUCUAUCAUUCCCGGUUGCAAGCUUUUGAGAUCAAAGUGCAGAGCCGAGUGUAGCCACGUCUGCACAUAUUGAUAUUCCUUACUAAUUAGUGAGUUAUUUGCACAGUUAUAACACAUUUUUGGUCAGCAAACAGAGUUCGUACGGUCAUGGAAGUCCUGGAAAAGUCAUAGUGUGCGCAUCACCUACAUGUGUGCCAGUGAGAGGCCCUAGCCUAUAAAAUAAUGAUAGACUAUGGCUAACUAGAUAGCCAAUUCAACACAUAUCGUGUAACCUGGCUAGUUAUGUCAAUAGUUAACUAUUUAGCUAUUAGCAUGUAUUAAUGUCAUUGUCAAGUCCGAUGUCCCUAAAAACGUUCCACUGGCACACUGCAAAUGGCCAACGUGCAGUUGAUGAAUGGGUGCCUUAAUAAACCAAUGCUACAGUGGGGAAAAAAAGUAUUUAGUCAGCCACCAAUUGUGCAAGUUCUCCCACUUAAAAAGAUGAGAGAGGCUUGUAAUUUUCAUCAUAGGUACACGUCAACUAUGACUGACAAAAUGAGAAAAAAAAAUCCAGAAAAUCACAUUGUAGGAUUUUUAAUGAAUUUAUUUGCAUAUUAUGGUGGAAAAUAAGUAUUUGGUCAAUAACAAAAGUUUCUCAAUACUUUGUUAUAUACCCUUUGUUGGCAAUGACACAGGUCAAACGUUUUCUGUAAGUCUUCACAAGGUUUUCACACACUGUUGCUGGUAUUUUGGCCCAUUCCUCCAUGCAGAUCUCCUCUAGAGCAGUGAUGUUUUGGGGCUGUCGCUGGGCAACACAGACUUUCAACUCCCUCCAAAGAUUUUCUAUGGGGUUGAGAUCUGGAGACUGGCUAGGCCACUCCAGGACCUUGAAAUGCUUCUUACGAAGCCACUCCUUCGUUGCCCGGGCGGUGUGUUUGGGAUCAUUGUCAUGCUGAAAGACCCAGCCACGUUUCAUCUUCAAUGCCCUUGCUGAUGGAAGGAGGUUUUCACUCAAAAUCUCACGAUACAUGGCCCCAUUCAUUCUUUCCUUUACACGGAUCAGUCGUCCUGGUCCCUUUGCAGAAAAACAGCCCCAAAGCAUGAUGUUUCCACCCCCAUGCUUCACAGUAGGUAUGGUGUUCUUUGGAUGCAACUCAGCAUUCUAUGUCCUCCAAACACGACGAGUUGAGUUUUUACCAAAAAGUUCUAUUUUGGUUUCAUCUGACCAUAUGACAUUCUCCCAAUCCUCUUCUGGAUUAUCCAAAUGCACUCUAGCAAACUUCAGACGGGUCUGGACAUGUACUGGCUUAAGCAGGGGGACACGUCUGGCACUGCAGGAUUUGAGUCCCUGGCGGCGUAGUGUGUUACUGAUGGUAGGCUUUGUUACUUUGGUCCCAGCUCUCUGCAGGUCAUUCACUAGGUCCCCCCGUGUGGUUCUGGGAUUUUUGCGCACCGUUCUUGUGAUCAUUUUGACCCCACGGGGUGAGAUCUUGCGUGGAGCCCCAGAUCGAGGGAGAUUAUCAGUGGUCUUGUAUGUCUUCCAUUUCCUGAUAAUUGCUCCCACAGUUGAUUUCUUCAAACCAAGCUGCUUACCUAUUGCAGAUUCAGUCUUCCUAGCCUGGUGCAGGUCUACAAUUUUGUUUCUGGUGUCCUUUGACAGCUCGUUGGUCUUGGCCAUAGUGGAGUUUGGAGUGUGACUGUUUGAGGUUGUGGACAGGUGUAUUUUAUACUGAUAACAAGUUCAAACAGGUGCCAUUAAUACAGGUAACGAGUGGAGGACAGAGGAGCCUCUUAAAGAGGAAGUUACAGGUCUGUGAGAGCCAGAAAUCUUGCUUGUUUGUAGGUGACCAAAUACUUAUUUUCCACCAUAAUUUGCAAAUAAAUUCAUUAAAAAUCCUACAAUGUGAUUUUCUGGAAUUUUUUUCCUCAAUUUGUCUGUCAUAGUUGACGUGUACCUAUGAUGAAAAUUACAGGCGUCUGUCAUCUUUUUAAGUGGGAGAACUUGCGCAAUUGGUGGCUGACUAAAUACUUUUUUCCCCCACUGUACAUACUCCGGUUGUAAAACUGUCUCUCCAGUGCUGAGUUUUGGGAGCUGGAGAAAAAAAAUCUGACACUGUUGGAAAGCUGGGAUUCCCCUCUAUUCAACAUUGGCCAUGUCAUUCUAACAACUUUAAAAUAUAUUCUUAGAAUUGACAAAUAUAGGCUGAAGGUAGCCUACAUUUUUGUCUGAUUUUCUGUAUAGGAAUAGGCAUAAUAAUGAUAAUAAUACAUUUUAUUUUGUGAAGUGGUUCCUUGCAUCAUACAACACUAUUUCCAGUUACCGUUUUGGUCCAUUGUGUUACAGACCAUUUUUUGACUUGAGCUUUCAGACAAGUAAAAAAUCAGUCCUACUUUUCCGAAGGACAAGUUCAUGUCAAGCCCUGCACACACACGCACACCCUCAUACACACACACAAGCACUCUUUAUCUUGAUUCCUCUCACUCUCACUAAUAUAUUUCUGUAAAUCUACUCACACCUACAGGUUGUUGAUGGAACACCCUGUUCUCCCGACACCUCUGCAGUGUGUGUCCAAGGGAAAUGUAUUAAGGCGGGCUGCGAUGGCAAGCUCAGCUCCAAUAAGAAGUAUGACAAGUGUGGUGUGUGUGGAGGGGACAACCAAAGCUGCAAGAAAGUGUCUGGAUUGUUCACCAAACCCAUGUAAGUGACCAGCACACAGAAUGCUGUUCUCAGUGCAUACAAGAAUCUACUACUUUACUUUAUGUCACCAUACUUUGUCACAACACUUUAUGUCACCAUACUUUAUUUCACCAUACUUUAUGUCAUCAUACUUUGUCACCAUACUUUAUGUUAUCAUAUUUUUUUCAGACAUGGCUACAACUUUGUGGUGAUGUUGCCUGUGGGAGCGUCCAACAUCGACAUCCGACAGCGUGGCUACAGGGCCUUGGUUAACGACGACAACUACCUAGCGGUGAAGAACCGACACGGAAAAUACCUUCUGAACGGGAACUACGUGGUGUCAGCGGUGGAGCGGGAUAUCAUUGUGAAGGGCAGCUUGCUGCGCUACAGCGGCACCACUAGUGCUGUGGAGAUCCUCCAGGCCACCAGGCCUCUCCAGGAAGUGCUGACCGUGGAGGUCCUCUCGGUGGGGAAGAUGACCCCGCCCCGGGUCCGCUACUCCUUCUACCUGGCCCGGGAGCACCACAAGGCGGAGAAGAUCCUGAAGAAAGUGGAGAGGAGCCACUCGCAGAACAGCGUCCUGAUGGACAGCAACAAGGUGGAGCUGAAGGGGCCGUCGCACAAGUCCAUGCCCCCGAACAUGUGGUCGGCGGGGGCCUGGGAAGAGUGCACCGUGACCUGUGGGAACGGGCUCCAGAGUAGACUGGUUCAGUGUACGGACCCAGAGGGCAAAACAGCCACGGACUGUGACAGCUUACAGAGGCCGGCUGCCACCAGGGUAUGUGGGGACCCCUGUCCCAUGUGGGACAUAGGCCAGUGGUCGUCGUGCUCCAAGACAUGCGGGAGGGGCUUCAAACGGCGGCCGCUGCGUUGCACCACUCAGACUGGCAUGCAACUACCCAGAGAGCACUGCGCUGGCAUGAAGAAGCCACAGGAACUAGAUUUCUGCACAGUGCAGCCAUGUUAGAGAAGUUCUAUGUCUGCUGACUCUUUGUGUUGUUCCAGUGAUGCUUUUGAAAUUAAAACCCAUUCCCUGUCCUGUAAGGUUCUUACGGACUCCCGUAGUGCACGGCAUUGUUGUGGAGGACUGUGAUGACGAAAUUGUAUUUGAAACAGCUAAGGGAAAGAAAGUGGUAGAGGUACAAACUGUGGGACCAUUUCAGUUGAGUUGGAGUUACUGGCAGUGUCCGAAUACUCGUACUUGUGUCCUAAGUAGUAUAUUUUUGAGUAUGCGAAAAUAUAACAUUUUAUUGUAUGUGAAAUGUCAAAUAAUGAGUGUUUUUAAUGCGAGGAUGCCAUACUUCUUUCAGCUUUUAAUCUAAUAUGAAUUCAAUUCGCUGCACACUAUUGAUGAAGAUUAUCGUGUUUAUUAGAUACAUGUGUGUUUGACAACAGCUGAAAAUC